AUGUCGGUCGCUGUUGCAUCAGGAAGAGGCGACAAGUUGAAUCGCGAUGAUCCGCGGUCUAAGUUUGCUGCCCGUCGAGUUCCAGACUUUGCCCGCUUGCAUGCCAUGGAGGAUGCAAGAGUCGCAAGGUGGAAGCGCCAGCAUGCCAAGAAAGUUACAAUACCUCUGAACUUCCGUUUGGCUCCUACAUCAGCUCAGCAGACUGUAGAAGGUGACAACGAAAUCGUGGAAUCCAUCACGGACAGAACUGAAAAGUUGUCCAUCAAACAAGCUCCAUACAAUCCGCAGCAAAAGGAGAACGAGAGCUCUCAAGCCGUGCGAUCAGGUCCGCCAUCUGACGCCAUGCUCUACCCGACUGCUUUCAAUCGGAACAGAGCUUCUAAAGCCCCUCACUCUCGCCUGUCUACUGCGGAUGGAAGGCCUUCGAGUGGGACGUUGCGGCCUCUCUCUCAACGAGAUUCUCAACCUGUCAAGUACGGGGGACAGGCCAAGCACUCAACAGGGUCGUCGUCGAUUGCAGCGAAGGUCGAGGCGAACGUAGGGGUUGGCGACUUGGACAAGGUCAGCGUGGACAGCCUGCUGUCUGUGUCCAAGACGCAAACGGCAAACGAUGGGCAAACAAAGAAAGGGGAUGUCGAGAUCGCUGGUCCAUCGCAUCCAGGGGGAGGGAAGAGGGAGGCCAACCAGGACAAGCUGCCGCAUUCCAACAAAGCGACCUCGGAUGCGGAUGCCCACAACGACGGGAAAUCCUCGAGCAAGCAGUCGUCGGCGUCGGAGAAAGAGAGUGCUGAGACCAAGAAAGUUGACAUGAUUGAGCUGCGUCGAAUUAUUUCAACAUUAUCCAAAGACUCACAGAAACAGCCAUUCUCGUCUAUUGAUUUCUAUAACAUUGGCAAGACACUCGGGGAAGGAGCGUACGGCAAAGUUAGGCUGGCCACUCAUCUGCUGACCAAUGAGAGAGUCGCAGUGAAGACAUUCGAGAAGAGCAAGCUCACGGAACCCCAAGCACGAAGCAGAGUAGCGAGGGAGAUACGAAUCCUCAAGGCACUGUCCCACCCGAACAUCAUCAAGCUCUACGAGGUGGUGGACGUUCCUUUCAAGAUCUACCUCAUCAUGCAGUUCAGUAGUGGAGGAGACUUGUGCAAGUAUGUGCGUGAGAAUCGAAAGCUAUCCGAGGCCGAGUCAUGCCGGCUGUUCGUCCAGAUCGUGCAGGGUCUAGAGCACUGCCACAACUCGGGCAUAGUUCACAGGGACGUGAAGUUGGACAACCUCCUCAUCGACGAGAACAAGAACAUCAAGAUCGUUGACUUCGGCUUCAGCGUCUCCUUCAAGCCCGGACAGAAGCUGAAGAAAGCCUGCGGAUCUCCCUCUUACGCUGCACCAGAGAUAGUGGCGAGAAAGCCCUACAACCCCACCAGCGUUGACAUCUGGAGCCUCGGGGUGGUGCUGUACGCUAUGGUCUGCGGGUACUUUCCCUUCCAAGGGAGCAGCAACCAGGAGCUCUGCCGUCGUAUCGUGAAGGGAAAGUUUGACUGCCCGUCGUUCAUGUCGCAAGACUGCAAGGACUUGAUCCGCAGGAUGCUUACUGUUGACUCCAUGAAGCGAGCGCAGAUCCAGGAGAUCAAGCAGCACAGCUGGUGCCGCACAGCCUUCGCCAGGCACGAGGCUGCCAACGUGCGAGUCAAGGUGAUCGACAGCGAGAGAUCAGAGGAUUACUCUGCGGAGAUUCCGAGCGAAGAUCAGUUGGAGGUGGAUGAGGCGAUAGCUCGUCAGAUGGUGGAGAUGGGCUUCAACUACGACUACGUGGAGAACUGCGUGAAGCGAAACCUUCACAACGUGUGCAGCACAACAUACCAGCUGCUGGCCCAGCAGAGGGACAAGUCUACGAGGUCUGUGGACGGCGGCAGCUCGUUUGCCUCGCAGCAGUCGACGGCUCGUCGGAUGAUGGUGUGA